AUGAUCCUGAACAAGAAAGACCAAGACUUGGAUGUAGCUCUUAGGGUGAAGGUGGAGGAUUUUGGUUAUGUUAUCUUUGUAAGCUCUGGGACCCUGAAGUGUUUUGGCUGUGGAGGGGAGGGUCAUUUGGUUCGGGCCUGUCCUGCGAAACACUCCUCUGAGGGCAAAGCAAAGCGUGAAGGAGAGAGCGGAAAUAAACAGGGUGAGACCAGGCAGAACAGUGAAGAGACAACAGAGAAGGGACAGGGUGAGACCAGGCAGAACAGUGAAGAGACAACAGAGAAGGGACAGGGUGAGACCAGGCAGAACAGUGAAGAGACAGCAGAGAAGGGACAGGGUGAGACCAGGCAGAACAGUGAAGAGACAGCAGGAGAGGGACAGAGUCCAGACCACACGGACAAAACGGAACCACACAAACAGAGUGGAAAGUCUACAAAGGAAAACAAUGUUGAGAAGGAAUCACGAAGUGAGCAGGCAGUGGCAUCAAACACUACAGGUGGAGUAGCAGAAGGUGUAGUGUUAAGCAACAAUGAGGAUUUGGUGGAGGACGACAAAGUCUGUAGCUCUCCUGCACUACAGAGAAUGCAGUUGGCUAAAACGAGAGGCUCUCAAGCCAAAAGAGGAGCAUUGAUAAGGGAGGGAAGCAGGCAGUAUGAGGAGCAACUAUCUGACGUUGAGUUGGGUAUGGUGGAAGAGGAGGAGGAAGGGGAUUGUGGUAUAGACAGCCAGGUGCCUGUAUUAAAGGAAAAACAGCACGAGGUACAAAUGUCGGGAGAUGAGUCUAAGGAGGACGGUGGUGGUGUAGACAGCCAGCCUCACACUUCCUCCCAGUUGUCAGGGGCGACGAAUCCAGAAUACUAUGAUGCCCGCUGA